CCUGUCGUCGUCGUGGUUACAAGUACUGUUUCAAGAGUUUUCAUCGGCGAUAGUUUGUUGCCAUGGUAACAUUAGUUGACGCGCUGUAAAAACUGUCAGACCGUAAGUAGAAAAUGUCCGACCCAGAUAAAAAUGAAGAUAAGGCGGGAGCAGUUUUAGCUCAGGUACAUAAUGAUUUGAGACAACUCAGAUCUAGUCUUGAAAGGAUCCCAGUCAGCGAGAGAGGCACAAUGCUGGACUUUGAGGCCCUGGACAAUGCCAUUUGUAGGAUCGAGAGCAGCAUCCGGAAACGAGCAGAGGAUUAUUUGAAAAUAGAGUAUAAACAGCAUCUGGUUCUUCCAAACAUUGAAGACUUACAAAAAGAGACAGUGAAAAUGUCUAAUUGGGAACCUUCCCUCAAGAGUAUCCCAGAUGUGUAUCGACAAAAGGAGGGCCUUCCUGAAGCAUCACCUGGAGAAAAGGUUAAACACCCCAGAAAACUUGUUGGUUCUGUCAGUCUGGCGUCGGCUGCCAAACCAAAGGGACAUUCCUUGCUGUCUGUACCUGACGAUGACACUGGGACAGCUACACAAUCAAACAUGGUUUGUAUGGCAGUCCAGCAAAAGUCUGUUUCUCUUCAACUCGGGGAGGAUUCACACCCUUAUAAACCAGGAUUAAAUUCCAGGUACCACAAGCACCCAAAAUGGCAAAGUGACUCCCAAUCCACCUGUUUGAGGAACGUUGAUGAAUGCAGGCUUCUCGGGAUCAGCAAGGCACUUCUUCACUGCAAAGCCUCCAAGCACAUGGAUCAAAGGAGCAAAGUGAAGGACACCAGCAGUGUUAUCCCUGAAUGCCCUCAGAAUACACUCAAGGAAGUUCCUGUAAACAUCACCAAAUACCCCUUCACAGUCAUAAAGGGACACAUCGACCCAGUGGCCACAGAUUUCUGUCACUUCAAGCAGAGCUUUAGUUUGUGCUGGAGCCGUGUUGUUCACAUACUGAGGGCCCUGAAAGAACUGCUCAGGGACUAUUCUGUGCCUUUAGCUAAAGUGAGCGGAGAACGGCUUGUGGAGUUAAGCCAUUGUUGGGAUAAUGGUUGGAGAAGGGCCCCUUCAGUUAACACUCUCCUCUCAGUGCUUGAAAAUCAGGAGGAAGUAUUAAGUCUAAUUUCACGCCCCGGUCAGCGGUACAAAGGAGAGGGAGGCGUUGAGGCAGCCGCCAUCCGCGUCCAGUCCUGCUGGAGGCGCUAUUUAGCCAAAGUGUUGAACCUGAGCCUCCGCAGGCGCAAGUGGGCAGUGGGCGUUAUCAGCAUCUCAUGGUUAAUGCACAAUCAGACGCAUCGUGUCAGGAGCGCCCUGAAGGCCCGCCGGUUGAGUCAGCUGGAGAAUAAUCGAAGCAGAACACAGCAUCUGGCAGCCAACUGGAAACACAUCCAGUCAUCCAAGAGGACCAUUAUCCACAUCCCUUCAUUAGGAUACUCUCAGAGCCAGCAACUGAACGUAAGGACAUAUGACAUCCUGCAGAACCUCCAAAUAGGCCGAUUGUGUGAUGUUAGAGAUAAAAAUGUGGAUGUAAUCUUCAUAUGCCCGACUCGUCUGGGGGAUGACAUUGUGCAGUAUUACACCAGGCUUCUAAAGUGUGGUGAAGCUACCUAUGGAGCUGGUACCAGCACCUCUCAGGCUCCACCCUGCAAGAGACGCUUUAUCGUUCUCACACCCGAGGCUGUAGAUUAUUUCCCUACCCAUAACAUGUGUCUGUCCACGCUGCUGAAAUACAGUCCAUGCACCCUGAAGCGUAUCAAAAACCUGAUACUGGGGAAGCAGGCCUACAUAGUGGGUAGAGUGGCACAUGCGGAUGACUUGGCAGUGGCUAAUGAGUUGGGUGUGCCAAUCUUGGGUCCAGAACCAGCUGUUUCACAACUCUACAGCUCCAACUCUGAAAAGAGGAGGAUUUUUGCUGGGGCAAAGGUUGAUGUACCACCAGGUCAAGGAGAUGUCUACUCACUAAAUCAGCUUCAUGAAACACUAGUGAAGCUUUUGACUGAAAACAUCACUGUCAAACGCUGGCUCUUUAAGACGAACUCUGACCACGGAGGCCGCGGCACAGCAUACUGUGAUGUUUGCCAUCUCAGCUGCUUUAACUGGGCCCUGCAGCAGUAUCAUCGUUAUAGUCCUGAUCUAUGGGCCUCAGAAUGGAUUCAGGAGUCUGUACAGCUCAGAUUUUUAAAUGUGCUUCCAGAAUGGCUGGCCCGUUACGCGCAGCCAGCUAAAACCUCCUGCUAUCCCACUUGGGCCUGCUUCCUAAAGUCCUUCCUCAGGCAAGGUGGAGUGCUGGAGGCAGCCCCCCCUUCAGAGAGUGUCACCUAUCUGACAGUAGAUUUGCUGCUGGAGCCAGGAGGUGAGGUGACCAUGGUGUCGUGUGGAGACCAGCUCCACGGCUCCUGUCACCUGGAGCCUGCAGGGUCCACCGUCCCUCAGACCUCUGUACAUGCAGAGCAGUUGCACUCCAUCUGCAUGCGUGUGGGUCAGGCUUGUCUGCAGCGUCUCAUUGUAGGUUAUGUCUCUGUGGGCCUUGCUACCUUUUUGGACCACAGCACCCUGGAACAGAAGGUGUGGGCUAUUAAUCUGGACAUUGCAUACAGUGACCAGUUGACCAUGACCCAGAUCCUUCUCAUGAUGACUGGAGGAACUCUGAACUGGCAAACAGGAUGUUUAGAACUGCCAAUACCAAUCAGAGAAAGACGCCAAGGUCGAGCCAAACAUUCUGUGGUAAAUUGUUACGCAGUCAUUGGAAGCCACUUGUUUCAUACAAACCUUUCCAUGUUUUACCAUAAUGUGUUCAUAAAAAAAUGUGAGGAUCAUGGGAUUGCAUUCAACGUGAAGAGGAAGCAAGGCACCGUUUUCGCUUUCUAUGACAGCAGCGAGCGAUGCAGCAUUGGAAUGAUGACGGUCUCUGAGGAUCUCCAGCAAGCCUUGGUGACCUUUGCUCAGAAUCUGUCAGUCAUUCAUCAGGAGAUAUCUUCCCCUAAAAUCCAAGGAGAAACCAAUUUCAAGGAGCUGAUCAAGAACAUAGAAGAAGUGCUGCAGAUGACUUUUCAGAAUAAGAGACAAUUAAAGGACAAACCCACUGCUUAGACGGCUAGUUCAAAGAUAAACUUGCCAUAUUCUUGCCGGACGAAGUGGUAAUUCCAGAUAACACUAGUAAUGAAUCAGUGACGUUAAAGGAAGCCUGAAUAUGCCUGCUGCUGGAGAGGAAAUGCCCACCGAGUUUCCACAACGAAGGCUGAAACCUUUUUUUUUUUUUUUUUUUUCAAAAACAAAUUUGCCUGAUGAUUGAAAUUUCUAAUUAAACAACUACAUCUUAAAAUGAUAGUGUGGAAGCAAUUUAUAGUACAUAAUCAUGGGUGUAUACUGAGUGUGUUUUGGGGGCUAAAAAGCACAUGAGGAUCUGCAAUAAUAUGCUUUUGAAUGAAAACAUUACAUUGGUUGUAGAGUGACAGCGACUGUAACUAUUACUGCAGUUUGUUUUUUCUUCCUAAUGACUUCUUCUGUAAAUAGACACUAUCAAAAUUGAAAU